CUCCUCCUCCUACCCCCCAGCCACCACCACCACCACCACUGUUUAAGCAUUACAAUCUUUUGGGCUAAUUAUUAUUAUUACUAGAAUUUGCUACUAUUUUCUUGUGAGCCCGGAUUUCUUGAUCGUUCCAGUAAGCUAGCAAGCAAGCAAAAAUGGAGUGCGCUAAUGGAAAUGGUAAUGACCUUGCGGAGACCUUUUGUACUCAACGGGCCGGGCCAGCACCCGACCCGUUAAAUUGGAACGCAGCCGCGGAGUCUUUAAAAGGAAGUCAUCUUGAUGAAGUCAAGCGGAUGGUCGAUGAGUUCAGGAGGCCCCUGGUCCGGCUAGGUGGUGAGACGCUGACGAUAGCUCAGGUGGCGGCCAUAGCUGCUUCCUCCGACGCAGCCGUUAAGGUGGAGCUGUCGGAGGGUGCCAGGGCCGGCGUCAAGGCCAGCAGUGACUGGGUUAUGGAGAGCAUGAGAAAGGGCACUGAUAGUUACGGUAUCACCACCGGCUUUGGUGCAACGUCACACAGGAGAACCAAACACGGCGGAGCUCUCCAGGAGGAGCUCAUUCGAUUCUUGAAUGCUGGAAUUUUUGGCAACGGGACCGAAACAUGUCACACAUUGCCUCACUCGGCAACAAGGGCUUCUAUGCUUGUUCGAAUCAACACCCUCCUUCAGGGGUACUCUGGCAUCAGAUUUGAGAUUCUGGAAGCUAUUACAAAGCUUCUCAACAAUAAUAUCACCCCAUGUUUGCCCCUCCGCGGAACGAUCACCGCCUCCGGUGAUUUGGUUCCACUCUCCUACAUUGUUGGAUUAUUAACAGGUCGACCAAAUUCCAAGGCUGUUGGACCUGAUGGAAAAUUUGUCAAUGCUACUGAAGCAUUCAGCCUGGCGGGGAUUGACACUGGAUUUUUCGAGCUGCAGGCGAAAGAAGGCCUUGCACUUGUGAAUGGCACUGCUGUUGGCUCUGGCUUGGCUUCCAUGGUUCUCUUUGAGGCUAAUAUUCUUGCUGUUCUUGCUGAAGUUCUUUCAGGAAUUUUUGCUGAAGUUAUGCACGGGAAGCCAGAGUUUACAGACCAUUUGACUCAUAAACUGAAGCACCAUCCUGGUCAAAUUGAGGCCGCAGCUAUUAUGGAACACAUUUUGGAUGGAAGUUCAUUUGUUAAAGAAGCUCAGAGGGUUAAUGAAUUCGACCCUUUGCAAAAGCCCAAACAAGAUCGUUAUGCACUCCGAACAUCCCCACAAUGGCUAGGUCCAUUGAUUGAAGUCAUCAGGGCUUCGACAAAAUCCAUCGAAAGAGAGAUCAAUUCUGUGAAUGACAAUCCUUUGAUCGACGUUUCCCGGAAUAAGGCCUUACAUGGUGGGAACUUUCAAGGUACACCAAUUGGAGUCUCGAUGGAUAACACCCGUCUAGCAAUUGCAUCAAUUGGUAAACUCAUGUUCGCACAAUUUUCUGAGCUGGUUAAUGACUUUUACAACAAUGGAUUGCCUUCAAACCUAUCUGGGGGACGUAAUCCAAGUUUGGACUAUGGUUUCAAAGGUGCUGAAAUUGCCAUGGCAGCUUACUGCUCUGAACUUCAGUUCCUAGCCAAUCCUGUCACAAACCAUGUGCAAAGUGCAGAGCAACACAACCAAGAUGUCAACUCAUUAGGAUUGAUCUCAUCAAGAAAAACAGCAGAAGCUGUGGACAUAUUGAAGCUCAUGUCAUCGACCUAUUUGGUUGCAUUGUGCCAGGCAAUUGACCUGAGGCACCUGGAGGAGAACUUGAAGGCCUCAGUGAAAAACACAGUUAGCCUUGUAGCCAAGAAAGUGCUAACAAUGGGCUACAAUGGCGAAUUGCACCCAUCUAGAUUCUGCGAAAAAGACUUGCUCAAAGUGGUGGACAGAGAGCAUGUUUUUGCUUACAUUGAUGACCCCUGUAGUGGAACCUACCCCCUCAUGCAAAAGCUAAGGCAAGUCCUAGUGGAGCACUCCUUAGCAAAUGGGGACAAGGAGAAGGACGCAACCACUUCAAUUUUCCAAAAGAUCGGUGCCUUUGAGGAUGAACUAAAGGCCCUUUUGCCCAAAGAAGUGGAGAGUGCUAGAUGUGAGUUGGAGAAUGGAAAGCCAGGCAUUGCCAAUCGUAUCAAGGAUUGCAGGUCCUACUCAUUAUACAAGCUUGUGAGGGGAGAGUUGGGAACCAAUUUCCUGACUGGUGAGAAGGUGAGAUCACCUGGAGAAGAAUUUGACAAGGUAUUCACUGCCAUAUGUGAAGGGAAGUUGAUUGAUCCAUUGCUGGAUUGUUUGAAAGAGUGGAAUGGUGCUCCCCGUCCAAUUUGCUAAGAUGUUUUCUUCAUACUGUGGUUCAUUUAUUAAAUUUCUUGAAAUUUGUUUUUUUUCCUAGUUUGCCCUCUUUUGGGAAUGUUGUAUCCAAGUUGUCACUAGCUUGUUUAAGAUCCUUGUAUUUUCGUCUUAUACUGAUAUUGUUCGUUGCCAUAAAUGUUGAACUUCAACAAGUGUAAUUAUGGAUAAAAGUCUUUUGCGAUUUCGUGUAUUCUUGACAUCGAA